CUCCAUCUCAGUCUGUCUCUGGGCUCCAGCGGUGAGGACUCGGCUCAGGAGACGGCGGCCCUUCAGUCUUUCAACCUGUUGCUGAAAAGUAUCGGAGCCACGCUGACGGACGUCGAUGACCUCAUCUUCAAACUGGCCUUCUUCCAGGUGAAGUACCAGUUUUACCGCAGAGACAAGCUGAUGUGGGCCGUGGUUCGUCACUACAGUGAACAGUUCCUCAAACAGAUGUAUGUUCUGGUUCUGGGUCUGGACGUCCUGGGGAACCCGUUUGGACUGAUUCGAGGUCUGUCCGAGGGAGUGGAGGCCUUCUUCUACGAACCUUUCCAGGGAGCCGUUCAGGGUCCCGAGGAGUUUGCUGAAGGUUUGGUGAUCGGAGUCCGCAGCCUGUUGGGUCACACAGUCGGUGGCGCUGCAGGUAUGGUUUCCAGGAUCACGGGUUCGGUGGGUAAAGGUCUGGCAGCCAUCACCAUGGACAAAGAGUACCAGCAGAAACGACGAGAGGAGAUUAACCGACCGCCCAAAGACUUCGGAGAGAGUCUGGCUAAAGGAGGAAAGGGACUGCUGAAGGGACUCGUGGGGGGAGUGACGGGCAUCGUCACCAAACCCGUGGAGGGAGCGAAGAAGGAGGGAGCGGCGGGUUUCUUUAAGGGCAUCGGUAAAGGUUUGGUGGGCGUGGUGGCUCGGCCGACGGGCGGCAUCGUGGACAUGGCCAGCAGCACCUUCCAGGGCAUCCAGAGGUACGCAGCGCUUCACACAACUCUUUAAGUGAUGAGUCUUAAUGAACUUCAUGUGUCGUCUGUGUGCUUCACAACGUGUUCGCUGUCUCCUCUGUUCUUCUUCUUCUUGUCUGCUCACUAAUUUUCACAUGUUCUGCUUUUGUUUUCUGUCUGGUGUCGUUGUUUCCCGGAGUUUUGUUCUUUUUUUUUCAUGGGUUUUUUGUUGUGUGAGUAUUUCACCUUGAGCACGUUAAAGCUGAGCUCCUUCUCCACUGCUCAUGUAGAGUAAUUACACUCACUGUGUGAGAGGUUCAGGGCCAGUUUACUGUAGUAGGAGAUGAGAGAGCUGAAGGAGAAGAGCUUCAGCGUGCAGCGGUAUUCUUGCAUGUUUGUUGUCAUCCUGCAGCAGACAGACGGUAAGUCUCUGCAUCGUGUCACAAACACAAACUUCAUCCAUCGUGUCCUGAAACCGAUUCAUGCUCUCAUCGUCCAUUGCUCUUAACACUGCUCCGAGCCCCGCCCCCCUCCUCUGCUUGCUGCGGCAUCGUGAGUUGAGAGGCCACGCCCCUGAGGAGAGUCACCUGACACUUGAAUUAAAUCCUAAAGUUCACAAAAAGUUCACAUAUCCGUCACGUCCACCGGCCCGAAGAAUUCUGAAACGUGAGCAGGAAGUAGUCAGAGCUCACCGACGGAGAACAGCGUUUGUACGGACGCAUUCAUACUGACGCGUUCGUACGGACGCGUUUAUACGGACGCGUUCGUACUGACGCGUUUAUACGGACGCGUUCGUACUGACGCGUUUAUACGGACGCGUUCGUACUGACGCGUUUGUACGGACGCGUUUGUACUGACGCGUUCGUACUGACGCGUUUAUACGGACGCGUUCGUACUGACGCGUUUGUACGGACGCGUUUGUACGGACGUGUUUGUACGGACGCGUUUGUACGGACGCAUUCAUACUGAGGCGUUCAUACUGACGCGUUCGUACGGACGCGUUCGUACGGAUGCGUUUGUACGGACACCUUCAUACUGACGCGUUCAUACUGAGGCGUUUGUACGGACGCGUUCAUACUGAGGCGUUCGUACUGAGGCGUUCGUACUGAGGCGUUCAUACUGACGCGUUUAUACGGACGCGUUUGUACGGACGCAUUCAUACUGACGCGUUCAUACUGAGGCGUUUAUACGGACGCGUUCGUACUGAGGCGUUUAUACGGACGCGUUCAUACUGAGGCGUUCGUACUGAGGCGUUCGUACUGAGGCGUUCAUACUGACGCGUUUAUACGGACGCGUUUGUACUGACGCGUUCGUACUGAGGCGUUUAUACGGACGCAUUCAUACUGACGCGUUCGUACUGAGGCGUUCGUACUGAGGCGUUCGUACUGAGGCGUUCGUACGGACGCAUUCAUACUGACGCGUUCGUACUGAGGCGUUCGUACUGAGGCGUUCAUACGGACGCGUUUGUACGGACGCGUUUGUACGGACGCGUUUGUACGGACGCGUUGGUACUGAGGCGUUGGUACUGAGGCGUUGGUACGGACGCGAUU